UUCGUAAAAAAUAUAUAUUUAUUUUUGCAUAACUUUAAUUUAUUUAAGAAUUGUUCUAUUGCGCACAAAAUUACACAAAUUUAAAAAGUUUAUUAUACUUGAAAGAAUUUCGUAAGACAAAUUGUUUCAUAUUUUUUUAUGAAGUAUAAAUUUGUUUUAAAUCAUAGCAAAAAAAUACAAAAAAUAACACAACGAUAGUGCAUUACUAGCUCUUAAAGAGAUUCAACUUUGACUUGAAAUUUAAGGUAAAAGCUGUUUUCUAGAACAUAAUGUCUUUAUCAUAUCUUCUGCAUUCUCUUAUAGAAAAGUAGAUGUAUUUAUAUAUGCAUAGCCUGCCAUAGAACGCGAGUUUUGAUUACAAACCGGAUAGGACGCAAUAUGGUUGCAUUUAACAAAAAAAAGUUUCACAACUGUUAUAAAAUUGUUUUAUACGAUUUGUAUAUUUACAUCCGAUGGAAAUUAAAGGAAGGAAUCAAUCGUAUUGAGGAAUUUUUAUAAGAAUUCUCGAACGUAAAAGAAGCAAUUUUGCAAUUGUUAUAAAUUUCUAAUAUGUUAAAAACCUGAAAAAGGACAUCUUUUAUAGAUGGGAGUACGCGGUCGCGUUUCGAAAAGAGAACACCUGCGCGGAUCAGGGUUAAAAGUCCGAUCACCUUGAUUUAAAGCCGAAAACGAAGGCCUCUUCCCUUCACCGUGCGACUGCAGGCCCCGGAACAGGGAGCCCGGUGGGGCCCGGUGGGUCGGCUGCACGGCGAAUGUGGAGUAGAAUCGCGCAGCAUUACGUGCCACCGAGUAACGGAGCGCGGACGCGGAAUAGAGCGUAUCGCGUGUCGUCUCCGUGUUUCGCGUUCACGCGGCAUCGAGGCUGACGAGGCUCCGAAACGGCGAAGAAAAGCGGCAGUCGCGUGUCGACCAGCGGACAGGUCGGUUCAGAUCUCUCUCUCUCUCUCCGCGUCUCUUCUCACCACAUUCGCCGAAAGACCGAUGACUGAAAAGAUCAAGGGGGACGGUGGCCGCGUGCACGUUUCGACACCCGGAACCCGUAUGAACUUCCGACCGGGCGCCGGCGUCGAUUCGAAGGAUAUUGCAUGGGUGACGAUGUCGUAAAGUCCAUGUGAGCGGCGCGCGCGCCCGCCCGCCCGAUCGAGGAUGUUGACCUGGUAGCGGGUGUUGAUCGACGGGAAAAUCGUUCGCUAGCGGGAAUCCAACGGCUGACGUCCGCAGCUGUCGACGACACGAACGCUUUUUUUUUCUUUUUUUUUUGUUCAACCGUCGUCAGCCAUUCAGCAGUGAUUCAGUGAAUGGACUUUAUGAGUGACCGUUUGUCAGAGACGUUCUCGCCAGCGAGAAGACUCGAGUGCCCGAUGACGACGGAUCGUCAUCCUCCGAUGGAUCGCACGUGACCACCGCAAUCUCCGUGGGAUAUCGGCGAUCCAGCAACGUCUCGUCUAGAAAAGGCCGGAUUUCGAAAGGAGCGGCAGGAUGCUAAAGGAGAACAUGUGGCGGCAAAGGAGAGUGCCCGUUCCCAAGAGGACGAUCGAGUUGAUUGCUUUGGUAGCGAUAUCCAGUACACUUUUUCUCUUUCUACACACAAGAGAUCUACACUCUCGUCUGAAAAAAAUGGAAAUACGUCUUCAACCGGGAGAAGAGGAGGUGCUCUCGGCAAAUCAGCUCUCGUCCGACGGCAUCCAAACAGAUUCUGAUCCAAACGGUAUCGCCCAUUAUCCAAAUGUACAACGUAUUCUCGUGGGAAAGUAUCAGGAGGAUCAAGGAGCGCUCGACAUUGACGCCCUCAACAACACGAAGAGGGCCGGCCGGGAAGUCCUGUUCUUCAAUCGUGUGCCGAAAGUUGGUUCACAAACUUUUAUGGAACUGUUGAGAAGGCUGUCGAUAAGGAACGCGUUUUCGUUCAACAGGGACCGCGUACAGCGAGUCGAAACCAUACGUCUCGCGCCGAUCGAGCAGCUACAUCUCGCCAGGAUGGUCAGCAGUUAUUCAGAACCGUCUGUUUACGUGAAGCACGUCUGCUUUACUAACUUCACAGAAUUCCACCUACCAGAGCCGAUUUAUAUCAACAUAGUACGCGAUCCCGUCGAGAGGGUCAUAUCCUGGUAUUAUUACGUAAGAGCGCCGUGGUACUACGUGGAAAGGAAACAGAUCUUCCCGGAUCUACCGUUGCCCGAUCCCAAUUGGCUUAAAAAGGACUUCGAGUCGUGCGUAUUGAAGGGCGAUCGAGAGUGCAGAUAUUUACAGGGUGAGAUUCACGAGGGCAUCGGCGAUCAUCGCAGGCAAACUCUCUUCUUCUGUGGACACAGCGAAAAGUGCACUCCUUUUAAUACCGUUGGUGCCCUGGAGCGAGCCAAGUUGGCGGUGGAAAAGCACUACGCGGUAGUUGGCGUCUUGGAAGACAUAAAUACAACUCUCACGGUAUUGGAAAACUACAUACCACGAUUUUUUCAGGGAGCUACCGAUGUUUACUAUGAUCAAGUAAAUUCUUUUACGAGAAUCAAUCGGAACUUCUUUAAACCGCCAGUCAGCGAGGAAGUAAAGAAUUUGGUGCGCAGCAACUUUACCCGCGAGGUCGAAUUCUAUCAAUUCUGCAAGCAGCGACUUUAUAGACAAUACAGAGCUCUCAAAUUACGGUCGAAUGUUCCGUAACUGGCAAUCGUGAAGAUCUCUGAAAAGACAUCUUCUAUCUCUAUUAUCAUGCGAAGACAAUUAUUAAGAUGUAUAAAAAACAUUACGAAGAAGAACACUUUUCAAUGCAAUUGCAUUCAUUAGUAUUAGUGUUAUAUUCGAUAAAAAUUUACAACAAAAGAAUAAUUGCUUUUGAAUAACAGUAAUUCACAAAAAUGUUAUCCUAUCAAAUAUUAAGUAAUCACAAAAGAAAAUUAUUUCAAUUAUUUCAUACAAGAAUUAAUAAUACAAUUAAUAACGGUAUCUGACUAAUAUCCGAUUAAUAUGACUGUGCUCUAUUUGUUCAGUCACAAUCACAAAUUACUGACAGUUAGAUUAAAAUUUUAAUAAUAUCUACUUGCCGAAAUCACAAGCUCGUAGCAUUUUACUGAAGAUUACAAUAACUCAAUUUCACAAGUUAAAGACAAGAAGGAAAAUAUGUUUUUGUUUUCUUCGCGAUCAGCGCAAUAAUUUUAUUUCGUAUGGUUGACUCAGGGAAACCUGAGGAGAGAACAUACUCUCGUUACAUUAUCGAUUUUUCGAUUAUAAUGAUUCCACAUCAAAGGCAAAAAGAGAAUAAUUCGUUCUUCGCGUGAACACUGUGAUGAUUUAGUUCCAUGCGUUUAAGAAAACCCUAAAUAAACCUAUCGUGAAGAAACAGAUUCUUAUGAUUACGUAUCAAAUUUUCAAGCCUAACCGAUCAUCUCAUGACAUAAGAAGAUAAUUUGGAAGUCAUGUGAUGAUCCGAGUUUGACGGAUUUAGAAGAAUCUUGAUAGACUUGUGAUGAGUCUAAUAAGAGAAUUGAAUAGAAAUGCAAUUAAAAGAAAAAAUAAUAAUUUGCGUGCGUUUAGAAAAAUGUUUGUAAAGUUUCAAGUUGCGGUGAAAAAUGAUGUUUUUCACGAAACUUACAAUAACGUGGAUGCAUCGCGCGAUCCAGAAAUAGGGACACUCUCAACGUGCCGAGCAACCACUUGCGAUUAGACGUCAUGUUGCUAUUUUUUUAAUAGACGUCACGAGUUACAUGCAAGUUCCAGGCACAUUUAUCACUGUAGGGAUAUUUCGCGUUAAUUAAUAGCGUUCACAAUGAUUUUUCUCGCUGGCGACAUAGGAAAGACUGAUAAAACAAUGAUAUUUUUUUAUCGCGGAAUGUUUACGAUCACAGAGAGAAAUGUACAGGGUAAUGAUUAGAAUAUAUUGCUUUAUAAGAGAAAAAUACAUUUGUACUCUCAUCGACUUACGAUUAUUUGAAAUAAAACGCUGCCAUUUAAAAAGCAA